CGCACGGCUCCUCGCCCGGCAGCUCUCCCGGGGCUCAGUGCUGUCAUGGCGGCAGAGAGCAGCCGAGGCAGGAAGACAUGGGGCUAACUGAGACCGCGGGGUGAGGCAGCGGCGGCUGAAACUUUCGGCUCCUUCCCGCUCUAGGAGCGGCGGGUGCUUCUCCGCCAGGGGGGCUAGCGGCGAAGGGGCUCGCGAGUGGGGCAGCGGAGCAGCCCGCUCCCCGCCCCUCAGCCGGGCAUUAAAGCACCCCCCCCCCGCGCGCGGCGCACGAGACGCGAGGAGGAGAAUUGGGGCUUUACGUACCUGCCUCGGGGCAGUGGGGCAGCUGGCCCAACCCUGCUGUGGAGGAAAAGCCAAGCUUGGGCGAGCGUUCUCCACACCCCCUGUACUUGGGGUGUUUCGCAAGUUGGACCUGAAGAGAGAGUGAGCAAGAGACCCCUUUCCCUGCCACUGAAAUCGCUCCUCAUUGGCUGUGGCGGCCGUGCCUCUGGCAUCUCAGCUAGUGGUAAUCUGAAUUGAGCUAGCUAUGGCUAGCGAAGACAAACAGGUUCUUCAGCCAACAGGUGAUGGUGGAGGAGGAGGUGGUGGAGGGAAAGGAGGAAGUGCUGCUGAAGUGGGGAGUACGCUGCAGCCCUUGAACCCAGGAAUCCCUAUCCGAGGCAUCAGGAUGAAAUUUGCAGUGCUGACGGGACUGGUGGAAGUUGGCGAAGUAUCCAACAGGGAUAUUGUAGAAACUGUAUUUAACCUGCUUGUAGGGGGACAUUUUGAUCUGGAAAUGAACUUUAUUAUCCAAGAAGGAGAGAGUAUCAUCUGCAUGGUAGACUUGUUGGAUAAAUGUGACAUCACUUGCCAGGCUGAGGUAUGGAGCAUGUUUACAGCAAUCCUGAAGAAGAGUAUACGGAAUCUACAAGUCUGCACAGAAGUGGGGCUUGUUGAACAAGUGCUACAGAGAAUUGAUAAAGCUGACAAUAUGAUUGCAGAUCUCUUAGUUGAUAUGUUGGGAGUGCUGGCUAGCUAUAAUUUGACGGUCCGGGAGCUAAAAUUGUUCUUCAGCAAACUCCAAGGAGAAAAAGGAAAAUGGCCACCACAUGCUGGAAAAUUAUUGUCUGUAUUAAAACACAUGCCUCAUAAAUAUGGUCCUGAUGCCUUCUUCAAUUUUCCAGGAAAAAGUGCUGCAGCUAUUGCCUUACCUCCUAUAGCCAAGUGGCCCUACCAGAAUGGAUUUACCUUUCACACUUGGUUAAGAAUGGAUCCUGUAAAUAAUAUCAAUGUGGAUAAGGAUAAGCCUUACUUAUAUUGUUUUCGAACAAACAAAGGACUUGGUUAUUCUGCUCACUUUGUUGGAGGCUGUUUGAUUGUGACAUCAAUAAAGUCAAAGGGAAAAGGAUUCCAGCACUGUGUGAAAUUUGAUUUCAAGCCACAGAAGUGGUAUAUGGUUACUAUAGUGCAUAUCUAUAACCGCUGGAAGAACAGUGAACUUCGGUGCUAUGUGAAUGGAGAACUAGCAUCGUAUGGAGAGAUAACGUGGUUUGUCAAUACCAGUGAUACGUUUGAUAAAUGUUUCCUGGGUUCUUCAGAAACAGCAGAUGCUAAUCGAGUGUUUUGUGGGCAAAUGACAGCUGUUUACCUUUUUAGUGACACUCUCAAUGCUGCUCAGAUUUUUGCCAUUUAUCAGCUUGGCCUGGGAUACAAGGGAACAUUUAAAUUCAAGACAGAAAGUGAUCUCUUCCUUGCUGAGCAUCACAAACUGUUACUGUAUGAUGGCAAAUUGUCCAGUGCUAUUGCUUUCAUGUACAAUCCAAGGGCUACUGAUGCACAGCUCUGUCUAGAAUCAUCCCCCAAGGAUAACCCUUCUAUCUUUGUUCAUUCACCACAUGCUCUCAUGCUUCAGGAUGUGAAAGCAGUCCUAACACAUUCUAUCCAAAGUGCUAUGCAUUCAAUUGGAGGAGUGCAGGUACUUUUUCCUCUGUUUGCACAGUUAGACCAUAGGCAAUAUUCUUUGGACCAAGUUGACACAACUGUUUGUUCUACUUUACUGGCUUUCAUCAUGGAAUUGCUGAAGAACUCCAUUGCUAUGCAAGAGCAGAUGCUUUCCUGUAAGGGCUUCCUUGUGAUAGGACAUAGUCUUGAAAAGUCUUCCAAAGUCCAUGUUACCAGAGUUGUGCUAGAACUAUGCCUUGCCUUUGCUAAAUACCUGAGUAAUUUGCACAAUGGGAUUCCUUUGCUUAAACAGCUGUGUGAUCACAUUCUCCUUAACCCGGCAAUCUGGAUUCAUACACCAGCGAAGGUUCAGCUGAUCCUGUACACUUACCUGUCUACUGAGUUCAUUGGCACUGUUAACAUAUACAAUGCAGUUCGGCGUGUUGGGACAGUUCUUCUGGUAAUGCACUCCUUAAAAUAUUACUACUGGGCCGUGAACCCUCAAGAUCGCAGUGGUAUUACUCCAAAAGGUGUAGAUGGACCACGCCCUAAUCAGAAGGAGAUUUUAUCUCUGCGAGCAUUCUUACUGAUGUUCAUUAAACAACUAGUGAUGAAGGAUUAUGGAGUGAAAGAAGAUGAACUGCAGGCUAUCUUCAAUUAUCUGCUCACAAUUCAUGAGGAUGACAAUCUAAUGGAUGUCUUGCAGUUGCUUGUUGCUCUGACAUCAGAACAUCCCAGUUCUAUGAUUCCUGCUUUUGAUCAGAGGAAUGGAUUACGGGUUGUCUACAAACUUCUAGCAUCAAAAAGUGAAGGGAUCAGGGUACAAGCUCUAAAAGUGAUGGGCUACUUCUUAAAACAUCUAGCACCUAAGAGAAAAGCUGAAGUCAUGCUUGGACAUGGAUUAUUCUCUUUGCUGGCUGAAAGGCUGAUGCUUCAUACAGGCUUAAUCACCCUGACCACGUACAAUGUCCUGUUUGAGAUUCUUAUUGAACAAAUUUGCACUCAAGUGAUACAUAAACAGCAUCCUGACCCAGAUUCAACAGUGAAGAUACAAAAUCCUCAGGUAUUGAAAGUAAUUGCGACUCUACUACGUAACUCUCCCCAGUGCCCGGAAGCUCUGGAGGUUCGUCGAGCUUUUCUCUCAGACAUGAUUAAACUUUUUAAUAACAGCAGAGAAAAUAGGAGGAGCUUGUUGCAGUGCUCAGUGUGGCAGGAGUGGAUGCUUUCUCUUUGCUAUUUCAACCCCAAGAACUCUGAAGAGCAGAAGAUAACUGAAAUGGUGUAUGCCAUUUUUAGAAUCUUGCUUUAUCAUGCAGUCAAAUAUGAGUGGGGUGGCUGGCGAGUUUGGGUGGAUACACUGUCAAUCACACAUUCAAAGGUAACGUUUGAAAUGCAUAAGGAGAGCCUUUCCCAAAUAUAUCAGGAUUACCAAAGGAAAGGCGGUGAAGGAAGUGGAACAGUUCCUUCCACUCCUGUUAGAACCAUCUCAGGAGUUAACAGAGAAGCUGAAUUCUCAAGGAGGCAACAGCAUGUGGAGGUGAAAGAAGCUGCUGCUUCUGCAUAUGUUGGGGCUGAUAGUGUGGAGCACAGUGCUCAGCAAAAUGAGAUAAAAGCCUCAUCUGAAUGUGAGCUACAAAGUCAUUCACCAUCUAAUGAAGGGAAGAAAUCUGAGGGAGAAAAUGGUCAGAGAUCACCUGACUUAAACAGAGUAGCUUGCUUAGAAUUUCCUUCACAGACAGAAGCAGUAAAACCAGGGGAUUCAGCAAUCACUUCUGGAAUUGCUGAAGCAAUUGCAGAUUCUCUGAGUAAAGCUAAUGAACUUGUGGAAGAAACAGCAGCUAUUGAUGGGGCUUCUCUAACUGCACAAACUGUUUUAGAAGGGGAGACACCUGAAAGCCCAGAAAUGCUGGAGGAAUUUACACCAGAGGUGGAAGAUGACUUUGUUGAUUUAAAAGAGGAAAGCAAUCUGCCUUUACCUUCAGAAGAGUUGGUACUAAAACCCAGUGAAGAGACUAGCUCACCUGAAAGUGAAAGCCAAAUAACAAUAGCAACGAAAGAGGAAACUGUUGUUGAGGAGGAACCUGAGUCAAUACUUUUAGAAUCCAAAAGUGCUGAACUCUUGAAUGAGACAAGAGAAGAAUUGGCUUCCUUGUCAGAAACAGUGACCACUGAAGUCCAAGUGGAGACAAGUCAACUAAAUUCAGAAGUGAGUGAGAAGUUAGAGGAAUUAAAAACUGAUCGCAGUGAAACCAAAGCAACUGGAGAAGAUGCAAACACACAUACUUCAGAGAGAAAAAUUGCCAAGCUUGAUGUUUCCAGUGUUGCAUCAGACACACAGAGACUGGAACUAAAACCCAGCACAAGCCAGGAAGCAACUCAGCCUCUUAGACCCCUACCUGAGAGACACCUGCCAGUCGAUGCCCUUCAUCCUACAACAUUCUUCCUCAAAGGAGGGAGAUCACUAUCAGCAGCAACAUAUGCUCCCCAUGUGAUAUCAAGGCAGGAAGAUUCAUCAGGACAAGACUUGGCUGCUGCUUCUGAUGGGCAGAGAAGAGAUUCCAGGUCGACUAUGUUUCGUAUUCCUGAAUUUAAGUGGUCCCAGAUGCAUCAACGUUUGCUCACAGAUUUACUCUUUUCAAUAGAAACAGAUAUACAGAUGUGGAGAAGCCAUUCUACAAAGACUGUGAUGGACUUUGUGAACAGCAGUGACAAUGUCAUCUUUGUACACAACACAAUUCACCUCAUCUCUCAAGUUAUGGACAACAUGAUCAUGGCUUGCGGUGGUAUAUUGCCAUUGCUUUCUGCUGCUACAUCUGCUACACAUGAAUUAGAGAAUAUAGAGCCAACUCAAGGACUUUCAAUAGAAGCUUCGGUAACAUUUAUCCAGAGAUUAAUCAGCCUUGUGGAUGUGUUAAUUUUUGCAAGCUCUCUUGGCUUCACUGAAAUUGAGUCUGAGAAAAAUAUGUCAUCUGGAGGAAUUCUGAGACAAUGCCUUCGACUGGUGUGUGCAGUGGCAGUAAGAAAUUGUUUGGAGUGCCAGCAGCAUGCACAAAUGAAACCUAUUGGAGAAACUGUAAGGAGUCAGAAAACAAUGCAGAGCCUUAUAGGAACAGGGAAGUCUGCAGCAAAGAGUCCAGUUGACAUUGUGACUGGCGGAAUUUCUCCAAUACGAGACCUUGACAGACUUCUGCAGGAUAUGGAUAUUAACCGGCUUCGAGCAGUAGUGUUCAGAGAUAUAGAGGAUAGUAAACAGGCUCAGUUCUUGGCCUUGGCUGUAGUAUAUUUUAUCUCGGUCCUUAUGGUGUCAAAAUACAGAGACAUACUAGAACCCCAGAAUGAACGGAGGCAACCUCAUCUUAGCCAGUCAUUCAAGGGAACAGAGAAUGGAAGUAGUGAGGCAACAUCUACAGAUGUAGAAAACCCAUCUGCUAUUACUGGUGCUUCAACUCCAGUAUCAACAGAAGAUUCUGAAAGUUCAGCACCUGUACGAAGAAGAGACUCGGGCAUUGGAGAGGAAUCAACUUCAGGUCAAGCAAACAAUUCAGAUGCUGUUGCUGAAGCAGGACCUCAGAGUGCCAGUUCAGGUCCAGAUGCUAUCAGUGAAGUAUUAUGCACACUUUCUUUAGAAGUCAAUAAAACUCAGGAAAACAGGAGUGAGGCAGGAAAUGAGUUGACUGAGAAGACUGCAUCUUCUGUACCAUCUGCAAAAAAUGUCAAUGUAAAGGACAUUCUCAGAAGCUUGGUUAGCACCCCAGCAGAUGGUGCCACAGUGGAUCCUACCCUUCUGCCACCAACCUUCCUUGGAACUCUUGGUGAUACUGCUGCUGAGCAGCAUGUGCAAUUCCGUUCCUUUGACAGGAGUGUUGUUGUAGCUCCAAAGAAAUCAACAAUUUCCCCUUCUACAGCUACCAUGAGUGUACCCACAAAUGCUGUCAGCGUGGUUUCUUCAUUAGAUUCAACGCAGGCCCCAGAUCUGACAGGAGAAUCUCCUGGCAGUGGAUCAUCUAAUUCAAAAUUGCCACCUGUGCCUUCAGUUUCCUCUGUGCCAGAGGAUUCUGCUUCAAAUAUGAGCAUUACAGAGAGGCUUGAACAUGCUUUGGAAAAGGCUGCCCCUCUUCUGAGAGAGAUUUUUGUGGAUUUUGCUCCCUUUCUUUCUCGCACUCUUUUGGGUAGCCAUGGGCAGGAGCUGCUGAUAGAAGGUACAAGUCUAGUCUGCAUGAAAUCUAGUAGUUCAGUGGUGGAGUUGGUCAUGUUACUUUGUUCUCAGGAGUGGCAGAACUCAAUACAGAAGAAUGCAGGCCUAGCAUUUAUUGAACUUGUCAACGAAGGAAGAUUGCUGAGCCAAACAAUGAAGGAUCAUUUAGUGAGAGUGGCAAAUGAAGCAGAAUUUAUCCUGAGUAGACAGAGAGCAGAGGAUAUUCACAGACAUGCUGAAUUUGAGUCACUGUGUGCCCAGUAUUCUGCAGAUAAACGAGAGGAUGAAAAGAUGUGUGAUCAUUUGAUAAGAGCAGCCAAGUUCCGAGAUCAUGUGACUGCAUCCCAACUAAUACAGAAAAUUAUCAACAUUCUGACAGACAAGCAUGGAGCCUGGGGAAAUUCUGCAUCAAGUCGUCCUCGUGAGUUCUGGCGCCUUGACUACUGGGAAGAUGACUUGCGGCGCCGGCGACGAUUUGUGCGUAACCCCCUUGGAUCGACACAUCCUGAAGCGACACUAAAAGCAGCUGUAGAACAUGCUCCAGACGAAGACGUGCUUCUUAAAGGAAAGCAGUCCAUCAAGAGUCAGGUUUUAGGAAAUCAGAACUCGGAGAGUGAGAUUCUCUUGGAAGGCGACGAUGAUACCUUGUCAUCCAUUGAGGAGAAAGAUUUGGAGAACUUAAUUGGUCCAGUUAGCCUGUGCACACCAGCACAGCUUGUGGCCCCCUCUGUAGUAGUGAAGGGCACUCUUUCCAUCACCUCUUCUGAACUCUGCUUUGAGGUAGAUGAAGAAGAUCCCAGUUUUAAGAAAAUUGACCCCAAGAUUCUGGCUUAUACAGAGGGACUCCAUGGAAAAUGGCUGUUCACAGAGAUUCGGUCAAUUUUUUCCCGACGCUAUCUCCUGCAAAAUACAGCAUUAGAGAUCUUCAUGGCAAACAGAGUUGCUAUCAUGUUCAACUUCCCAGACCCAGCAACAGUAAAAAAAGUGGUUAAUUGUCUACCACGUGUUGGCAUUGGCACUAGCUUUGGGCUACCACAGACCAGACGCAUUUCUUUGGCCAGUCCACGUCAGAUUUUCAAAGCUUCCAAUAUGACCCAGCGGUGGCAGCACAGAGAAAUUUCAAACUUUGAAUAUCUGAUGUUUCUAAACACCAUAGCAGGACGUACUUACAAUGACUUAAAUCAGUAUCCCGUAUUCCCCUGGGUUAUCACUAACUAUGAAUCAGAAGAGUUGGACCUUACACUUCCUAGCAACUUCAGGGAUUUGUCAAAGCCUAUUGGUGCUCUAAACCCAAAGAGAGCAGCAUUCUUCGCAGAGCGAUAUGAAUCGUGGGAAGAUGAUCAGGUUCCAAAGUUUCACUAUGGCACUCAUUACUCAACUGCAAGUUUUGCACUCACUUGGUUGUUGAGAAUUGAGCCCUUUACAACAUUUUUCCUACAUGUACAAGGUGGGAAAUUUGACCAUGCAGAUAGAACUUUUUCAUCAAUUUCAAGAGCAUGGCGCAACAGCCAGCGUGACACUUCUGAUAUAAAGGAGCUGAUUCCUGAAUUUUAUUAUCUCCCAGAGAUGUUUGUCAACCUCAACAAUUACAAUCUAGGUGUGAUGGAUGAUGGAACAGUAGUAUCUGAUGUUGAACUUCCACCAUGGGCCAAAACCCCAGAAGAAUUUGUUCGCAUAAACAGGCUGGCCUUGGAGAGUGAGUUUGUUUCGUGCCAGCUUCACCAAUGGAUUGAUCUAAUUUUUGGCUACAAACAGCAAGGGCCAGAGGCUGUCCGAUCCCUGAAUGUAUUCUACUACUUAACCUAUGAAGGAGCAGUCAAUCUGAAUUCAAUAACUGAUCCUGUAUUGAGAGAGGCUGUUGAAGCUCAAAUACGAAGUUUUGGACAGACCCCUUCCCAACUACUCAUAGAGCCACAUCCUCCAAGAAGUUCUGCCAUGCAGGUGUAUCUCCUCCUGCAGAGUCCAUUGAUGUUCACAGACCAAGCUCAACAGGAUGUUAUCAUGGUCCUAAAGUUCCCAUCCAACUCUCCUGUCACUCAUGUAGCAGCCAACACCCAGUCUGGUCUGGCAACUCCUGCUGUGAUCACAGUCACUGCUAACAGGCUAUUUGCUGUGAACAAGUGGCAUAACCUUCCUGCUCAUCAAGGUGCUGUACAGGACCAGCCAUACCAGCUGCCAGUGGAAAUCGAUCCUCUCAUAGCCAGCAAUACAAGUAUGCACAGGAGACAAAUCACUGACCUGUUAGACCAAAGCAUUCAGGUCCAUUCCCAGUGUUUUGUCAUCACCUCUGACAAUCGUUAUAUCCUGGUUUGUGGCUUUUGGGACAAGAGUUUCCGGGUCUAUUCUACUGAUACAGGUAAACUAAUACAAGUAGUGUUUGGGCACUGGGAUGUUGUCACCUGUCUCGCCCGCUCUGAAUCCUACAUUGGAGGAAAUUGUUACAUUCUCUCAGGAUCACGUGAUGCAACACUGUUGCUCUGGUACUGGAAUGGCAAAACCAAUAGCAUUGGUGAUAACUCAAGUGGUGAUUUUGCCACUCCCCGAGCCGUCUUGACAGGACAUGACUAUGAGAUUGUUUGUGCUACGGUUUGUGCUGAACUUGGUCUGGUAAUAAGUGGUGCUAAAGAAGGGCCAUGUCUCAUACAUUCUAUGAAUGGAGACCUACUGAGGACAUUAGAAGGUCCUGAAAACUGCUUGAGACCAAAACUUAUCCAGGCUUCAAGAGAGGGCCACUGUAUCAUAUACUAUGAAAAUGGCCUUUUCUGUGUAUUCAGCGUGAAUGGGAAACUUCAGGCCACUAUGGAAACAAAUGACAAAAUAAGGGCAAUCCAGCUGAGCCGUGAUGGACAGUAUCUGCUUACAGGCGGAGACAACGGGGUCAUCAUGGUAUGGCAAGUGUGUGACCUCAAGCAGCUUUUUGCUUACCCAGGCUGUGAUGCUGGAAUCCGUUCCAUGGCCCUGUCAUAUGACCAAAGGUGUAUAAUGACUGGCAUGGCUUCUGGGAGCAUAGUGCUUUUCUACAAUGAUUUCAACAGAUGGCAUCAUGAAUAUCAAACCAGAUACUGAUGUUGCAACAGACCAGAACUAGCACUGACAAGGACAGCUGCUGUCAGAAUGAAACUGAACAUAGCAAACCUCUCUUCAGUAUCCUGCCGCAGCAUUGUUCUGUAUAAAUAGCUAUAUUACACCUGAAUGUAACUGAAAUUUGCUCAAAGAAGCAAACUAUUUUUUAAAGUUAAUUGCUAUUUUUGUAGACUGCAUGAUUUUUUGGGGGCAAAGGGCAAAGAAGCAGAAAAAUGGCUUCUGGGUUCUGUAGUUAAAAAUCUAUAUUUUUAGUCAUAAUGAGAAGUCUAUUUUGAUUCAUGUAUGGAAAGAAACUUAAAAUUAAGAUGGUUAAAACUCUUAUUCUAGCUAUAUUAUGAAGAAAUACAUUUCCCAUCUAAAGCUUUAUCUAUAACCUUGAGGAAUAUAUGAUUUUAACAAAUUGAAAGUGGGUUAUAAUACUGGGGAUUUUAAUUUGUGCAACACUUUGUCUUGAUGUACUUUUCCAAAUGAUUAUACUACUUCAGCACUGAAGUUUCUGGGAAUCAAUAAUAAUAUUUAAAUUAUGAUAAAUGUAAUUUUAAACAUGACAAGGAAUUGUUUCCAUCAAUAUUACUGUUCAAGCAUGUUUCUAGACCUAGACAAUUAGUUCUUUUUUAGUUAUUUGUUUUUGUUGUGCAGUUAAGAGGGAGAAAUCAGCAACAGAGUCUGUGGUAUAUCAAAUGUGAAUCCUACUAGUUUUUACCUGGUAUUUCCUUCAGAGCACACCAAAAUGUGCGUUGUUCCUCAAAAUCAAAACUUCAACUUGGACAUGUCCUCAAACUAGCAACCUACACAACAUUUCUUUUUAAUUAGAUGCAAGUACCAAAGCACACUUCUGCUGCUUGACUAUGAAAGCACUAAGAGGCAGGCAUUCCAAUGUUUAUAGCUUUGACAUCUUUGCAGAAGCUCUAGACUUGCAAAUUUCUUUCCAAUUUUUUAAGUUUUUUCUUCAGAGGACUAACCACCAUAGUUAUGUAGCAGAUUCCAUAUCUUGUGCUGUGUAUGGCAACAAAACCGUUCAGUUUCUGCUACCAAAUCCAAUCCAAUCUUGUCCAAUCAUGUUAAUACAUUAUCUCCUCCCUUAGGAAAUGAAAAAUAAUUUAUACUAAGGAACAAUAAGUUAUUUUGGUGUUGCAUAAUUCUACUUUUCUACAAGAUUGCUGUGCAGAAUUCUGUGAAAAUAUUUGUGAAAAGAACUGUAUUGUUUUGUAAGUCUGUAUUGCAUAAAUAACUUUUCAUAUGUUGUGAUCUAUAUGAGUUAAACCUUACAUUCCAUAUCUGUAUCAAUUUCUCUAGCUGCCCACUGGAGCAGUUCCCAUUUUUCUCUUUAAGCAAAGAUUUGGAAGGAGAAAACUCAGUUUGAGUGAAGAAAUUAAAUAAAAUGGCAUUUGUAAUUGA